AUGGAAAAAUAUAAAAACAUACUUGAAAAAUUAGAAUGGUAUAAAAAUAAGAGCUCUGAAAAAUAUGAAUUCGGUAUAUAUGAAAUUGACAAAAGGGAGGUAUUUAUAACUACUAAAUAUUCUUAUGGUUUCGUAAAUAAUAAGCCAUUAUUACCUGGUCAUAUAUUAUUAACAACUUUAAAAAAAAAAAAACACUACAAUGAUUUAGAUAUAGAAGAAAUUAUCGAUAUAAAUUUAUUAUGUAAUUUUAUGUGUUAUAUUAUGGGCAACUUAUUUAAUACAACUGAUUUCUCUAUUGCUAUUCAAGAUGGCAAAGAAGCAGGGCAAACUGUUGAUCAUGUUCAUAUUCAUAUAAUACCAAGGAAAAUUAAUGAUUACAAAAAUAAUGAUAAUAUUUAUAAUGAUAUGAAUAAAAUUAACUUAGGCUAUGGAAAAAAUAUUAUAUGUAAUUCUUGCAAUAAUACAAUUAAUGUAUGUUCUCAAAAUGAAAUAGAACGAAAUUUUAAACUGGAAGAAUUCAAUACAUCCAUUAGAUCAAUGGAACAAAUGGAAGAGGAAGCUAACUUAAUUAAAUCAUACAUUAAUGAAAAAUUUUCAUCUUAA